UCUCCGACAUGAGGCCGUGUCUUCUGCUUCUUACCGUCAUCUUUGGCGUCAUCGGCACGUCACAUGCGGGACUAUACACGUCUUGUACGGACGACUCCCACUGCACCGCGGACGAGUCAUGCUGGUACCAGCGGAUCUGCUACCCGCUCUUCAAGCGCUGUACAGACCUGGGUAAUUACCAGUACACCUGCGGCUCCCCGGAGGAGAUCUGCAAGCCUGCUCUGCGCGUGUGCGAACCGGAAAUGCCCUGUGACCUGGACGGGUUCUGCUGGGGCGUGGGCCGCUGCGUCAUGUCCGGUGCGCUGGGGUACGGCGUCUGUCACUAUGACUACAUCGACGGGUAAACACCAGGUUACCAUGGUGACCCAGUAACGUCUGCCACGAUGACAAGAUCGACGGAUAAAAACCACGUUACCAUGGCAACUCAGCGACGUCUGUGGCCAUGACAACAACGCUUAUAAUCAAUCAAGUCCACCUUGACCUCUUUGCGAACAUCGAAUUCUACCGGACGUUUAAUUUGUACGAAAUGUCUUUGAGUAAAAUAAGCAAAAAUGAUUCAA